AUGAGCGAAAAUAUAAAGCACCGCAGCACAGUUAUCAAGGAUGUUGCGCCAGAGAGCAUAAAUAUGCCAGAAAAGGAUCUGUAUAAACGAGACCCCCCAAAGCCACGACGGCCGACUGUGGACGUGAUUGUGGAGAUUCUUCAGAAACGGGAUGGUAAAGACAAAUCCAUCAAGAUCAUCCAGUACACAGCGAAAUUGAUCAUGAUACUAGGCAAGACGCCGGCAGUGAGUUCAGCAUACGCCAAGUACGGCCUUGACGCAAGGCUCAGCCCUUUAGCUCGUGAAUUAAGCAUGUUUCGGAAAGUGAUCAAGUUGUUUGACUGGGUCAAAACACUACGGGAAAUUCAAGAAGAUGAUGAGCUCGACUGGAUUAGCUUGGUCGAUCUGUACACAGAAAUUAUGGACGACCUAUAUUUUUAUGCCAAAAUCGGCGUGCUGGAUAAACGACUAACUGAUCGGUUUGCUCGCCAGGCAGAUAUCGGCUGGUUCAUUACUAUUUUCGGCAACCUCUAUCGCAAGUCGCAGGUUUCUGUCAAGGGCAAAGCCUGGCGUCUCGAUGUCGCAAAGCUUCUUUGUGAUCUGGUGUUUUGUACAAUCGACGUGUUCGAAAUUCCGGCCGACGGAAGCUGGCAAAUAGUCUCCGGGUUGGCCAGUGCGUCAGUCGGCUAUUAUAAAAUUUGGCGUAAAGUCUGCAUCUAG